UUAGAGUGGCUGGGAGCUUGGCUGGUGACAGAGGGCGCGGGCAGCUGCAGGACCUCUCGGAGAGACUCCCAGGCUCCUGAACAGGGACCCGAGGAGCGGGUUAUGCUGGGGGCUCAGAUUGACGUGGACAAGUGGAUACUCAGGACAGCACCAUGGGGGAUGUGCAGGAGGACUAUGAAGAAGUGGUGGAGAUCCCAGAGCAGGAGGACAGUGAAGAAGCGCUGGAGAAGAUUCUAGAACAAGAGGAAUAUGAAGACCCAGGCAUCUCUGUGCACCAGGUGGAGCCCGAAGUUCUUCCCGCUGAGCCAACAGCCACAGACUACAUCCCGGCCACCCCUACCACAUCACACCCAAGUGACCUUGAGGCCUACGUGGAGUUGCAGGAACUGGUGAUGGACCAGAAGAACCAGGAGCUGCAGUGGGUGGAGGCGGCGCACUGGAUGGGGCUGGAGGAGAACCUCGGGGAGGACGGGGCCUGGGGUCGCCCACACCUGCCCUAUCUCACCUUCUGGAGUCUCCUGGAGCUGCAGAAGGCCUUUGCCAAGGGCACCGUCCUCCUGGACCUUCAGGAGACCUCCUUGGCUGGCGUGGCCAACCAGCUGUUGGACAGCUUCAUCUACGAUGAACAGAUCCGGCCUCAGGACCGAGAGCAGCUGCUCCGGACCCUGCUGCUCAAACGCAGCCAAGCCCAAGAUGUGAAGGCCCUGGAGGGAGUGAAGCCAGCCGUGCUGAUGCGUUCUGGGGACCCUUCACAGCCGCUGCUUCCCCAACAGCCCUCACUGGAGACAAAACUCUACUGUGAGCAGGGAGAUGGGAGCUCAGAAGGGCACUCAACAUCUAGAAUUCUGGAAAAGAUUCCUCCAAAUUCAGAGACCACCCUGGUGCUUGUGGGCCGUGCUGCCUUCCUGGAGCGCCCAGUGCUGGGCUUCGUUCGGCUCCAGGAGGCAGGAAAGCUAGAAGAACUGGAGCUGCCCCAGCCUGUACGCUUCCUCUUUGUGUUGCUGGGCCCGGAGGCCCCCAACCUCGACUACAACCAGCUGGGCCGGGCUGCUGCUACCCUCAUGACAGAAAGGGUAUUCCGCACCAACGCCUACCUGGCCCACAGUCGGGGGGAGCUGGUACACUCCCUGGAGGGCUUUCUGGACUGCAGCCUGGUAAUGCCUCCCAUGGAUGCCCCCUCUGAGCAAGCCCUGCUCAGCCUGGUGCCUGUGCAGAAAGAGCUGCUUCGAAGACGCUACCUGCCCAGCCCUGCCAAGCCGGACCCCAGUUUCUACAAGGGUCUAGACUUGAAUGGAGGUGCAGGAGUUCCUGGUGGCCCAGAUGACCCUUUGAAGCGGACAGGCCAGUUCUUUGGAGGCCUGGUGCGAGACAUCCGGCGCCGCUACCCCUACUACCUAAGUGAUAUCACCGAUGCGCUCAGCCCCCAGGUCCUGGCUGCUGUCAUAUUCAUCUAUUUUGCCGCCUUGUCACCUGCCAUCACCUUCGGCGGCCUCCUGGGAGAAAAGACCCGGAACCAGAUGGGGGUGUCAGAACUGCUCAUCUCCACGGCAGUGCAGGGCAUUCUCUUCGCCCUGCUGUCAGCUCAGCCCCUGCUGGUGGUUGGCUUCUCAGGACCCCUGCUGGUGUUCGAGGAGGCCUUUUUCUCGUUCUGCGAGAGCUACAACCUGGAGUACAUCGUGGGUCGUGCAUGGAUCGGCUUCUGGCUCAUUCUGCUGGUGGUGCUAGUGGUGGCCUUUGAGGGAAGCUUCCUGGUCCGCUUCAUUUCCCGCUAUACUCAGGAGAUCUUUUCCUUCCUCAUCUCUCUCAUCUUCAUCUAUGAGACCUUCUCCAAGCUGAUCCAGAUCUUCCAGGUCCACCCUCUUCAGGAGAGCUAUCCCGCAGUUGUGAUGAAGCCCAAGCCUCAGGGCUUGCCCAACACAGCCCUCUUCUCCCUCGUGCUCAUGGCUGGCACCUUCUUCCUUGCCAUGAUGCUGCGCAAGUUCAAGAACAGCUCCUACUUCCCUGGCAAGUUGCGUCGAGUCAUCGGAGACUUUGGGGUCCCCAUCUCCAUCCUGAUCAUGGUCCUGGUAGAUUCCUUCACCAAGAACACCUACACCCAGAAACUCUCAGUGCCUGAUGGCCUUAAGGUGUCCAACUCCUCAGCUCGGGGCUGGGUCAUCCACCCACUGGGCUUGUAUGUCAAGUUCCCCAUGUGGAUGAUGUUUGCUUCAGCCCUGCCUGCCCUGCUGGUCUUCAUCCUUAUAUUCCUGGAAUCUCAGAUCACCACGCUGAUCAUCAGCAAACCUGACCGGAAGCUGGUCAAGGGCUCUGGCUUUCACCUGGAUCUGCUGCUGGUGGUGGGCAUGGGCGGGGUCGCUGCCCUCUUUGGGAUGCCCUGGCUCAGUGCCACCACCGUGCGUUCUGUCACCCAUGCCAAUGCCCUCACCGUCAUGGGCAAGGCCAGCGCCCCAGGGGCUUCAGCUCAGAUCCAAGAGGUGAAGGAGCAGCGAAUCAGCGGGCUCCUGGUCUCGGUGCUUGUGGGCCUGUCCAUCCUCAUGGAGCCCAUCCUGUCGCGCAUCCCCCUGGCGGUGUUGUUUGGCAUCUUCCUCUACAUGGGGGUCACGUCCCUCAGCGGCAUCCAGCUCUUUGACCGCAUCUUGCUGCUGUUGAAACCACCCAAGUACCACCCAGAUGUGCCCUUCGUCAAGCGGGUGAGGACUUGGCGCAUGCACCUGUUCACGGGGAUCCAGAUCAUCUGCCUGGCAGCGCUGUGGGCGGUGAAAUCCUCCAGCGCCAACCUGGCCCUGCCCUUCGUCCUCAUCCUCACUGUGCCCCUGCGUCGUUUCCUGCUGCCCUUCAUCUUCAGCAAGCUGGAGCUCCAGUGUCUGGACGGAGACGACGCUAACCCCACCUUUGAUGAAGAGGAUGGUCGGGAUGAAUACGAUGAAGUUCCCAUGCCUGUGUGAGGGGUGGCACAGGCUGCCCCAACCAUUCCACUUCCUCCCCCUCCCAGGCAAAGUAGUUCAUGGGCAUCUCAUGGACUCCCAAGCCCUAAGGCAGUGGGGAGGGAAGAAAGGGAUGUUAGAGCACCCUGGCUUUUCUAGCUGCAGAUGGCCAGGGAGCCACAUCAGGGAAUUGAGUCUACAGACUCUUGUGUUGCCACAGUGCCAUGUGCGGGCCUCACAUCC